AUGUCCACAAACCUUUCAAUCGAUUCACGGCUCAUCCUUCGUCCUCUUGAUUCCACUCGAGUGAAUGAUAUGGUCUCCAUCAACUCGGUUGUACUUCCUGUAUCGUAUCAUUCCAAAGUGUAUGACCAAAUGGUUUCCGAUCAGUUAUCCUUCAUCGCCUACGUGAGUCAUGGCCAAGAUAAAGAAAUGCCUGUGGGAGCCAUUGGCUGCAUUCUCAAAACAGACAUUCAUGCUUCACCGGAUCAUGUAGGACUCUGUAUUGCUUCAUUGGCAGUUUUAGCAAAAUAUAGAUCCAAAGGAAUUGGAGCGAAAUUAUUGGAUUGUGUGAUGCAAGCUCUUGAUGAAUUACUGAAAUCUUCACUUCAUCACUCGGAGGCUUCAUUAACAAGUCAAACUUGCUUGUUGGAAAAUUCUUCCAAUGAUGAAAAGCAGAGUCCGUCAUCACUAUUGAGUUCAGCUCCCUCCGAAUUUAUUGUCUAUUUACAAACACAAACCAAUAAUCGAGAUGCCAUCAAGUUUUAUGAGAGGCAUGGAUUUUCAGUGCUGAAAAAGGUUGAAAAUUUCUACAAGAGACUCACUCCUCCUGAUUGUUUUGUAUUGGUGAAGAAAAUAUUACAAUAG